AUGGCAGGCCCUGCAACCAUCACAGCCGGCCUCGUGCUCCUGGCCCUGUGUGCCCACCACAUUGCCGCUGCAGGUGCUGUGCCCAUCCCCUCUUCCUGCUGCAUGUCCUUCAUCUCCAAGAAAAUUCCCGAGAGCCGAGUGGUGAGCUACCAGCUGUCCACCAGGAGCAUCUGCCCCAUGGCGGGAGUGAUCUUCACCACCAAGAAGGGCCAGAAGUUCUGUGGCGACCCCAAGCAGCGCUGGGUCCAGAGGUACGUGAAGCAUCUGGCCUUACGGGAGAAUGCCUCCACUGGCACCAGGCAAUGA